AUUAUUUCGGAAGUCUAGCAACAGUCUUGGCAAAGUAGGAAUUUCCUAAACAAAAAUAAAAGGAAUAAUCAAAAUUCGAAAUUAGCGAAGGAUGACGCACAGGACGCGAGGAGCAGCUGGAGCGGGAGGAGCAGCCCUAGAAGCAGGUGGAGGAGUAAUAGCUGGAGGAACAUCAACCGAAGCCGGAGAAAGGAUAAUCAUUAUCAGGAAGGAGAGCUUGUCGAACUGGGAUAGUGAGAGGGCAUCCCGCUUUUUUGGGGAUUUGCAGGACAACGAGGUCCGAACAAUGCACUAUCUGGGUCUGGCCUACAUGGUCCUUGCCCGACGACCUAGGCUACAGUUGAAAGUACCUCUGGCCACCUUGAACUUCGACGACGGAGCUGCGGCAGCUGGGUCGGGGGAACGUGGCGGUUACGCCCUCCAGCUGAUUUUCACCUGCCCGGCCAGCUAUCCGCUUCAGGUGCCACAUGUGGAAAUUGUGGAGAAGCGCAACAUAAGCGACGCCUUGGAGCAGGCACUCCACGAGGAGAUUGCCCAGACAUUAGAGCAGCACCUGGGUCUCCAGAUGAUUGUUCCGGUGGUGACACGUCUACAAAUGAUGAUGAACACGGAGAUGCGAAGGCCAUCUUCGCAGGAUUAGAUUUGUUUUCUAGGUGAAUCAAUAUCAUUUAUCUCUGUCCUCCUUGCGAUGUUAAGUGCAACUUCAAUAUUCCCAUAUAAGGUGUUAAAAUAAAUGGGAUCCUUCCAACCCAAAA